AUGGGUCUUGUACUGGAUACUCCAGAGGGUAGUCUGCCGCCAUCGACACCCUUGUCAGUCGAGAAGCCACAAUCUCAAACGCCACGCGAUUUGGAGGCAGAAACGAACGAAAAUGAGAAAUUCAAGCUCAGUGGUAUUCGAUGGUUCAGCAUCUGCGUCGGAAUUUACCUGACAGCCUUCUUGUACGGGCUCGAUUCAACUAUUGCUGCGGAUGUGCAAGGCCCAAUUCUUGCGUCCCUUGGAAACUUGCCUCUACUUCCAUGGGUGGGCACGGGAUUCCUGCUUGGCUCAGUAGCCACGGUAGCUCUAUUUGGCACUCUCUACAACACCUUGGAGGUCAAAUGGCUUUACCUUGGAAGCAUUGUUGCAUUUGAGGUUGGUAGUGCCAUUUGUGGUGCCGCACCUAGCAUGUCCGUUAUGGCAGCCGGUCGAGUGUUGGCAGGCGUAGGUGGUUCUGGUAUUUAUCUUGGUGGAAUGACGUACAUUUCCAUCUUGACGUCCCCAACAAAGCGCCCACUAUACAUUGCACUCACUACCGUGUUUUGGGGUCUAGGCGCUGUUCUUGGGCCUGUCAUAGGCGGAGUGUUUGCGCAGAGUAAUGCAACAUGGCGCUGGGCGUUCUACAUCAACCUGGUACUAGCAGCGAUCACAGCCCCAAUCUACAUAUUCUGGUUCCCCCGUCACGGCACCCAUCGCGGAGAACCAAUCCUCCCUCGAGUCAAGAACUUGGAUUGGCUAGGUGCGCUUCUGAAUGCUGCAACGUAUUCCCUGUUUAUCACGGCUUGUACCUAUAGCGGCUCCCAGUGGACAUGGAAUUCGAGCUCUGUCAUUACACUUUGGGUGUUCACUUUUAUCACUACGGCAGCCUAUGUUCUUCAGCAGGCAUUUGCCUUCCUAACAACUCCAGAAACCCGGAUUUUCCCAGUAUGGUGCCUCAACAGUCGAUCAUUGGUUCUCCUGCAUAUUGCAACAGCCGGAUCUGGUGCGGUUGGCUUCUUCAACACAUACUACAUUCCCCUCUUCUUCGAAUUUACAAGAGGAGAUAGUGCAAUUACUGUGGCCGUCCGUCUGCUUCCAUUUAUAUUUCUCAUGAUUUUCUCUGUCGUUUUGUCAGGAUCUCUGCUUCCUAGGCUGAACGUGUAUGCUGGGUGGUCAUCGAUAUCUACUCCUACAGCCGGUGUAUACGGGUUUGAGGUUCUGUUGGGUGCUGGUGCCGGGCUGACCAUGCAGCUCGCUUAUUCCAUUGCGCUGGUCAAGGUCCCUGCAAACCUUUCCGCAUCAGCUCUUGGGUUCAUCAAUGUCUCACAGCUUAGUGGUGGAGCCCUGGCUUUGGCCAUUGCGGGAACUAUAUUUCAAAACGUGGGCUUUGAUCGCUUACAAGAUGCGCUGCAUGGCCAAGGAUAUUCUGCAGAUGAAGUUCGUGCCGCACUGGCAGGCGGUUAUUCUGCCAUCAUCAGCGACAGUACCGACGAAGUCAAAAGACAGACUGCAGAAGCAAUCUCAACAACAAUUGCUACGGUUUAUAUAAUCUCAAUUGCUGGAGCAGCUGUCGUGUUGCUUUCGGGAAUGUUAAUGAGAUGGGAGAAAUUGAAGAUGUAA